UCUCAAACAUAAACACACACAACCACACUCCCUCCCACACUCCAUCAAUCUAGCAGCAACUGGGGCAGCAGCGAGCAGAAGUGUGUCAGACUUUUGGGUGCAUGUGCACAUUUACAUGUGUGUUCUAGAAACUUCUUUCUAACCAGAGACAUUUUCUUCUUUUUUUCUGUAAAACAUUCACUCUGCUACCACAGGACACUACAGAAGAACAAAGAAGACAAAUUGAGUCUUUUUUGGAGAAUGCUAUUUCUAAAUUAGGUUUCCACAUACGGAUUACGGAUUGUUAAGGAUCCUGUGGAACCUUACUUUUCUCUCAUGGUCACUUUUUUAUUUUUCCUGUAGUCCUGACUUUUGCUUGACUCAAACAGUGCUUUACAACAUGUGCAGACUUUGGAGGAUAGCAGUUUUGCUCUGUGUCAAAUUGGUGGACACUGCGAAUGGAAAUACAGGACUUGUGCCGGAAAGAGGGACAGCAUCUUCCUCCUGCUAUGGGGGUUUUGACCUCUAUUUUGUUCUAGACAAAUCAGGAAGUGUGCAGCAUCACUGGAAUGAAAUAUAUAACUUUGUGGAACAUCUGGCCCAUAAGUUCAUAAGCCCACAGUUGCGGAUGUCCUUCAUUGUAUUCUCCGAUCAGGGCAAGAUUUUGAUGCAGCUUACAGAAGACAGGGACCAAAUUCGUAAAGGUUUGGAGGAACUGAAGAAUGUCCGGCCAGGUGGAGACACUUUUAUGCAUGAAGGCAUUCUGAGGGCAAGCGAACAGAUUUACUAUGGUAACUCUGAGGGAUACCGCACAGCCAGUGUCAUCAUCGCCCUCACAGACGGGGAACUGCACGAAGAUCUCUUCUAUUACGCUGAGAGAGAGGCCAAUCGCUCCCGCAGCCUGGGUGCCUCUGUGUACUGCGUAGGGGUAAAGGAUUUCAAUGAGACUCAGCUGGCCAAGAUUGCUGACAGCAAAGAUCAUGUUUUCCCAGUAAAUGACGGCUUUGAAGCUUUACAAGGUGUCAUUGAUUCGAUCUUGAAGAAAUCAUGCAUAGAGAUUCUUGCUGCAGAACCUUCCAGUAUCUGUGCUGGAGAGGCAUUCCAAGUUGUUGUUAGAGGAAAUGGAUUCCUUCAUGCUAGAAAUGUGGACAAGGUUCUUUGCAGCUUCAGAAUAAAUGACACCCUUACCAGAAUGGUGAAGCCAUUGGUAGUGGAGGACACAUAUCUGCUGUGUCCAGCUCCUGUUCUUCGAGAGGAGGGAACGGCAGCUUCCCUUUACGUUAGUAUGAACGAAGGCCUGAGUUUUAUCUCUAGUUCUGUUACUAUCACCACUGUAAGCUGUUCUGAUGGUACAAUCCUGGCCAUAGCACUACUGAUAGUGAUGCUACUGCUGAUUCUGGCUCUCCUGUGGUGGUUCUGGCCUCUGUGCUGCACUGUGAUUAUCCAUGAACCUCCCCCACCAAUAGUGGAAGAUAGUUCGGAUGAAGAAGAGGAUGGAACUCCAAAAAAGAAGUGGCCCACAGUCGAUGCGUCCUACUAUGGAGGAAGAGGAGUUGGCGGCAUUAAAAGAAUGGAGGUCCGCUGGGGUGAGAAAGGUUCGACCGAGGAGGGUGCUAAACUGGAAAAGGCGAAGAACGCAAGAGUAAAGAUGCCUGAACAAGAGUUUGAGGCUCCUCCUGCUCGCAUCCUAAAUAAUGGCAUGCGGAAACCACCAGGCCCUCGUAAAUGGUACUCGCCUAUAAAGGGAAAACUGGAUGCAUUGUGGGUACUUCUGAAGAAAGGGUAUGAUCGAGUGUCCAUCAUGCGACCACAACCCGGAGACAAGGGUCGCUGUAUGAACUUCACCCGCAUCAAGUCUAAUCCUCCUCCACGGUAUCCAUCCUACAACCACCAUUCUUCACCCAUCUACACCCCCACACAGACCCUCAAUCCACCCCCUCCACAGGGCCAGCUGCCCCCUCCUCCAUGCAGUCCACCGGCCUCACUAUCCUCCAGUUUUCCUCCGGUACCUUCUACUCCUCCUCCUCACACUAUCAACCCAUCUCCACCCAUUACUCCUCCUCCAUCCUAUUCUCCACCCCCCAUCUGGUCUUCAUCCCCUACCACCCUCUACUUUUCUCCGCCCACAUCUCUUCCACCAUCACCUACUUCCUCCCUGCCCCCACCCCCUCAAGCCCCGCCUCCAAGCAGAGCUCCUCCUCCAGAUCGUCCACCUCCACGGCCCUGUGUUUAAUGUGUGUGGACUACUAUGAGGGCCUAAAGACAAGGACUGGAAGUAAACAGGAAAUAUAAAUUUUCCAUACCCUCCUCAAGAUUCCGUUGCUGUGUGGCCUAACGCAAUAAAACAUGACUCACCUGUGGCAUCAGCGGGUUUUGCUCCUGUGAAAAGAACAAUGAAAUGGAACACAAGUCACCAUGAAACUCUACAGGGAGCAACACUCAGAAUCACAUUGCAAAGAAACAAAAAAAAAAAUCACGUACGAAGCUCCCGUUUCACAGCAGGAGCCAUUUGUGAGUUUAACCAAGCUUUGAGAAUGGAAGUGGCUGGUUCCAUUAAUGGAUUCAUGGAUGUUUCACAAUUGCACGCACAUGGGACCAUCUCAUAAAGGAGAUUUCCACGAAAGAGGAAAGUUGAAACAAAGUAACAUUUCAGGAGCUUUCUUGUUCAGAACAGUUGAGAAAAUAUAUGCACGUUUUUUACUAGUAUACAGGUCAACUUCCUUAAAUAGCAAACAUUACAAUGGGUCUCAUUCACUAAAAAUUACACAUGGAUUAUGCAUACUUAAAUGCACAGGAAAUCUUUUCACAAAAAUGCAUAUACUAUGCACACGAUUGGUUUUUAACCUUCUAACGUUAAUGAGUUGGAAUUAUUCUAAAUGAAAAACUUGCCCCUACUGUAAUUUGCAUAAACACACCCAUCUCCAUAUAAGGGUUAUAUGAACAAUGGAAGUGUGCAGCAUACAUGUGACUUCAGAUGGUUCUAAAUUUUAUAAAUUCAGAAUAUUUUAAUGAUAACAUAUUGAUGAAUCAUGAUUUCUACAUGAAAAUAUUCAUACACUGAUUUUACGCACAAAUAUGCAUAUAUCUGUGGUUAGUGGAUGAGACCCAUUGUCUGAAUUAUUCUUGAUGUAUUUUUAUUCCAUUGAUGGUGAAAAAAAUCUGUUGUAACAAUCUUUUGAAACGGUUUUCUUUCAAACUAAAUGCAGUUGCAAAAUACAAUCAUUUUACAAACAUUUUUUGAUAAAAUGCUUUGCAUUUUUGGAAGGCAAAAGACUUGCUAAUUCAGGUCAUUGACAUUUAUUUGUGCAAUAGUGAUUUUAGUGGCUUUGAUUGGGUUGAGGGUUGUUGGGGGGGGGGCAUGUUGCUUUUUGAAUUUGAAUUUAUUAACAAAGUACCAGACCAUGAUGAAUUAAAGGGAUAGUUUACUCAAAAAUGUAAAUUCACUGACCCUCAUGUCAUUCGAAACACAUUUUUUGCUGAAUUAUUACCUUGGAUGGAUGAUGUUGAAGAGACUAAGAUGUUUAUGGGGAUGGACUUGAAACAUCAGAGAAAAAUCUUAAAUGUAUGUAAACUAUAAGCAACAUCACCUUACUUUUUGCACAUGUCACAGUUGUAAUGGUGUAUGGGUGCAUUAUUAAAAAAAAUAAGUACAAAUUAUCAUACUUUACACAUGCUGUAUGUAUAAAUCUCUGUAUCCCUGUGUAGUUUUCCUUUUUGUGAUUUUUUUUUUUGUUUAAUUUGUUAUUAUUGUGGCAUGAUUGCAAUUUUGAAUCAUGUAGAAGCAAAACAAAAGAUGACAUACCUUUUUCCCAGCAGGAGUUCUAAAGCCUCUGCAUUUUAUCCACCAUGAAUAACCACAGGAGAAGAUUACAAAUAACUUUUCGCAUUGGAAAUUAUUUUUGCCAAACUAUUUACAACCCAGAGUCCAAUGUAUUUGAUAUAUAAGUUUGUUUUUGUUCAUAAUUACAUGCUGUAUAUAUUAUUGUCAUAAUACAUCACAGUGUCAGAUUCCACAAUCCUUUGCUUCUAAAGAGCUCUUGUCAUUUUCCGUUGUACUCUUGAGUCUAAGUUAUUGCGGUCCCACUGUCAGUGUUGUGUUUAUAUGACUCCAAAACUCUGUUAUGAUGAUGGUUUUAUGGGUAAUUAACAUCAGAGAAAUCAUAUAUGCUUUUAAAAGGAAUCAUGUAAAUGAAUCUUUCUCCAAAUGACUUGGAUCAUGACUGCAUUAUUUUUUACUUUUUUAACACGUUCUUUUGUUUUGAAAUAAAAUGUUGUCAUAAAAGUCA